ACAUUAAAGCUUCUCACUUGAAAAGGUGAAAAUUUCAUGCGCCUCUACCAGUAAAUAUGUGGUAAUCCCGUAGUUUUCUCGUUGUCAUUUUUGUUCUCCGAAAAAAGUGAUAAGUGACUUAUACAAAAAAAAUCUCGAUAACUCCGAAUUAAACUUCAAUGCUUAGAAUAUAAAAAGAUCAUUAUUAAAACUGAAAAAAAACAUCUGAACUAGAUUAAGAACUAGAGUAAGAAUAUACUUACAAUUACAAAAUGGGAAAAUCAAAGACUGGAAAAAUAGCAACAGCUUGUACUGCUCUUGGCAGUAUAUUUAUUAUUAUUGCAUUUACCACACCCAACUGGCUGGUUAAUGAUGGGCAAACAGAAAAUCCACGUUUCGAUAAACUGGGACUUUGGGAAGUUUGUUUCAAAGAUUUUCAAGAUGAAAAUCGCUUCUAUGACACUAAAUUUGCUGGAUGCUGGUGGAUGUUUCAAGAAGAAUUAUAUAUAAUUCAUAAUUUUUUAUUGAAAAAACCCCUUUAUUUCACUGAAUUUUUCUUUACAUUUUGUUUGACAUUGCUUUUAAUUGGUGGCCUAAUGACAGCACUUUAUACUUGUUGUUCACGUCAUCAUACAAGAUAUCAAGAACUACUCUGGGCACUUGGAUCAAUUUUGACAUUAUCUGGAAUUUGUGGGGUUAUUUCUGGAUUGAUAUUUGGAUUUGGCGGUGAUGUUAGAUACUGGAUGCCGGAUUGGGAACACAACAGUCUUGGGUAUUCUUAUAUACUUGCUUGUUUUGGGAGUCUUUUAAUCCUUCCUGCUGGAGUUCUUUUUCUCAUAGAAGGAAGAAGACAUAAAAAACAAGCUGCAAGAAUGCACGGAGAAGACCCAAAAACGCAUUCAAAUAUUUAGAAUUAAUAAUUUCUUAUUAACAUUAAUGUUUUAUCAUUUUUUACCAUAAUUUUGUACGAAUAGCUAAGUGUCAGUAUUGCCAAUCUAAGUAAGAAACAACAAAUUUUAGGCAAUAUAAUUUCUUACGAUGCUUAUAAAAAAUCUGACUAAAAAAAUUUCUCGCGAUGAUUCCAAACAUUAUUUUACAUCAAAAAAUUAUUUAUACGAUACUAACAUAUUACGUAUAUCUUCUAGAUUAGAUAUAAAAUAGAGUAUUAUAAUAUUGAACAAAAUAACAAACAAUUCCGUCCAUGAAAUAAAUUGAGAUAGUCAAUAUAUUUUUAAAUGUAAAGUUAAAAAUUUAAGAAAGUAAGAGACAAGUCAUUUCAUGUAUGAAUGAUAUGUUAAACUUUUUGGUGGCCUUGAUAGUGACCAAAAAACUAAAAAAAAAAAAGAUUUUCAUCAAGAUAGUUGUAUUCAACUCAUAAUUUAUAAUUGAUUUUUUUUUUUUUAAAUUUUUUUUAUAUAUUUAAAACUUGAGUACAUAUUUAUAUUUUAUAUAGAAUCCUUAUUGUGUCAAGGUAAAUGCAAAAUUUUCAAUAUAAUUGACUUGAAAAUUUUUCAGGAUAAAUAUCGAAUGAACAUGUGUAUCACUUGUGUUUAAAAA